GCGCCGCUGGCUCCACAGCCUCUCUCUGGCCGGCGCCGCGCCCCCGAGCCGAGUCCGCGCGUCAGUGGAUCCGGAGCGCGGCUGCGGGGCGGCGGGCUGCAGCCAGCAGAGCGCGCGGGUCUGGGGAGGAGGUGGUGGUAGUGUCCGCGAGCAUCGCCAGAGGAAAGUCGGAGCCCAGAGACUCACCCAGCGCCAUGGCCCCCAUUGGCCUCAAAGCCGUGGUCGGAGAGAAAAUCAUGCAUGAUGUGAUAAAGAAGGUCAAAAAGAAGGGGGAAUGGAAGGUGCUGGUGGUAGACCAGUUAAGCAUGAGGAUGCUCUCUUCCUGCUGCAAGAUGACGGACAUCAUGACCGAGGGGAUAACAAUUGUGGAAGAUAUCAACAAGCGCAGAGAGCCGCUCCCCAGCCUGGAGGCUGUGUAUCUUAUCACUCCGUCUGAGAAGUCUGUCCACUCUCUCAUCAGUGACUUUAAGGACCCGCCAACUGCUAAAUAUCGGGCUGCACAUGUGUUCUUCACUGAUUCUUGUCCAGAUGCCCUGUUUAAUGAGCUGGUGAAAUCUCGGGCUGCCAAAGUCAUCAAAACACUGACGGAAAUCAACAUAGCAUUUCUCCCUUAUGAAUCCCAGGUAUAUUCCCUGGACUCUGCUGACUCUUUCCAGAGUUUCUACAGUCCUCACAAAGCUCAGAUGAAGAAUCCUAUUCUGGAGCGUUUGGCAGAGCAGAUCGCAACCCUGUGUGCCACCCUGAAGGAGUACCCAGCUGUGCGGUAUCGGGGGGAAUACAAGGACAAUGCCUUGUUGGCUCAGCUAAUCCAGGACAAGCUCGAUGCCUAUAAAGCUGAUGACCCAACAAUGGGGGAGGGUCCAGACAAGGCACGCUCCCAGCUCCUCAUUCUGGAUCGUGGCUUUGACCCCAGCUCCCCUGUGCUUCAUGAAUUGACCUUUCAGGCUAUGAGUUAUGAUCUUCUGCCCAUUGAAAAUGAUGUUUACAAGUACGAGACCAGCGGCAUUGGAGAAGCACGGGUGAAGGAGGUGCUCUUGGAUGAAGAUGACGACCUGUGGAUCGCACUGCGCCACAAGCACAUUGCAGAAGUGUCCCAAGAAGUCACAAGGUCUCUGAAGGAUUUUUCUUCUAGCAAGAGAAUGAACACUGGAGAGAAGACCACCAUGCGGGACCUGUCCCAGAUGCUGAAGAAGAUGCCUCAGUACCAGAAGGAGCUCAGCAAGUAUUCAACUCACCUGCACCUUGCUGAAGACUGUAUGAAGCAUUACCAAGGCACUGUGGAUAAACUCUGCCGGGUGGAACAGGAUCUGGCAAUGGGCACAGACGCCGAGGGGGAGAAGAUCAAAGACCCCAUGAGAGCCAUCGUCCCCAUCCUGCUGGAUGCAAAUGUCAGCACGUAUGACAAAAUCCGCAUCAUCCUUCUCUAUAUCUUUCUGAAGAAUGGCAUCACUGAGGAGAACCUGAACAAACUGAUCCAGCAUGCCCAGAUCCCGCCAGAGGAUAGUGAGAUCAUCACCAACAUGGCUCACCUGGGUGUGCCCAUCGUCACAGACUCCACUCUGCGCCGCAGGAGCAAGCCAGAACGGAAGGAGCGCAUCAGUGAGCAGACCUACCAGCUCUCACGAUGGACCCCAAUUAUUAAGGACAUCAUGGAGGACACUAUUGAGGACAAACUGGAUACCAAGCACUAUCCAUAUAUCUCCACCCGCUCCUCUGCCUCCUUCAGUACCACUGCUGUCAGCGCCCGCUAUGGGCACUGGCAUAAGAAUAAGGCCCCAGGAGAGUACCGCAGUGGCCCCCGCCUCAUUAUUUUCAUCCUUGGGGGCGUGAGCCUGAAUGAGAUGCGCUGUGCUUACGAGGUGACUCAGGCCAAUGGCAAGUGGGAAGUGCUGAUAGGAUCCACGCACAUCCUCACCCCACAGAAACUGCUGGACACGCUGAAGAAACUGAAUAAAACAGAUGAAGAAAUAAGCAGUUAAAAACCUAAGCUGCCCCUCCAAAACCCAGCCCCCUUCCCAGAGUGCUCCGUGGCUCCCCAGCGCCAUGCCUCGGUUUCUCUGCUGCCUCCCCAGCCCUGCACGCCCUGGCCACCCUCCCCGCGCUGCGGUCUCGUGAUUAAUAACGCCCUCUUCUUGUUUGAAGCAAAAGAGAAUAAUGCAUUGUGUUUUUUAAAAA